AUGGCGGUGGAAUCGAGAUGGAUGCCGUGUCAGCUGAAAAUCGAGCCGAACAUCUGCAGCUGCGACUACGAUGGGAUAAUCCUGGUGUCAGGGUGCGCGCCAGGCUACGACGAGCCGGAGCCGUUCAAAACCGUCCUGUUUAGCGCUGCCCAGAUCGAUUCCGCCCUGGGCGUGAUCGGCGCGGUUUUGCCCAUCAAUUUGCCCGCGAAAAGGCUCAUUUACAGCCCGACUGGACCGCUCAACAUGGAUUAUCACGACGUGCGUAGUUUCGCUGAAGCGGCCACCAAAGGUGUCCAGAGAGCGCUGAAGGCUGGCGUCAGGUGUCCGUUGUUCGCGCUCCUGCCGGAUAUCCGCUUCGAGAACGUCGAGCUGGUCACGCUUCUUGGCGCAUUGGAAGGCCUCUACGUACCGCUGGAGGUGCGAGAGGUAUGCCCGGACCGAUGCUACAAGGCGUGCCAACUGGCCGUCUGGAGUCCGAUUUGCGCUAAGAAGCUUCAGGGUAUCGUGAAGCUUGCCUCGGCGCUCGAGAGCGGAAGAUACGUCGCGAGGGACAUCGGUGGCGCAGACCCAGAAAGAAUGGCCCCGCCAAGGGUCGAAGAGUACCUGGCAGAGUUGUUCUGCGGCACAAACGUGACGAUGCAAGUGGUAUCAGACCAAGAGACCCUACUCCAAGAGUACCCGUUAUUCGCGUGCGUGAACCGCGCCGCCUCGAUGAUCCCCAGGCACGCAGGGAGGAUCAUCUUCCUGACCUACGAGCCGCCUAAUCCCGCCUGCAUCCUAGAGACGGUGAUGCUCGUGGGAAAGGGUGUCACUUACGACACCGGCGGCACCGACCUCAAGAUCGAGGGCACGAUGUUCGGUAUGUCGAGGGACAAAUGUGGAGCGGCGGCGUGCGCUGGAUUCAUGCAGGUGGUGAAUUUAUUGCAACCGCCGACCGUGAAGGCUGUGGCUGCUCUGUGCGUGGUGAGGAACAGUAUCGGUGAGAAUUCUUACGUCGCUGACGAGGUGAUCACCGCGAAAUCUGGUGUGAGGGUACGUGUCGGGAAUACGGACGCCGAAGGCAGGCUAGCAAUGGCUGAUGCCCUCUGUCACAUUAAAGAAAUGGCACUUUGCUCGGUUAAUCCACACAUUUUCACCGUCGCCACGCUCACCCACCACGCGAUGCUCACUGUUGGGCGGGGAUACUCGAUCGCCAUGGACAAUAUAGUAGCUCGUCUAGUGAGCAACGUGGAAAAGCUCCAAGCCUGUGGCGAGACAAUGGGCGAUCCUUUCGAGAUAUCCAGGAUACGCAGAGAAGAUUUUCAGUUCCACGAAGGGCGAACAGAAGGCGACGAUAUCUACCAAUCGGUGAAUAAACUUACUUCGAAGACAGACAGGGGACAUCAGGGUCCAUCAGCCUUUCUGAUCAUGGCCUCGGGCCUCGACAAGCACGGUGCUUGUAGCUGUUCACCCUUAAAAUACACGCACAUCGACAUGUACGGACAUGUGCCCGAUCCUCACGAUCUACCCUACAGCGGCAACCCGGUUCUUGCAUUGUCCUACUGCUACCUAAUCCAAGGCAAGUGCCUCACCGUGCGAAACGACCUGCCCUUCGAGAUGCAGUACGUAUGCGAGGUCGAUUGUAAACCGGUCUGCAUUCAACCCUGCCAACCCUGUCUACCCUGCACACCCUGCGAGCCCAAGAUCUCUUGCGCGCCUGCAAGCUGCGCCUGUUGCCCUGCAGCACUACCUUGCGACCCGUGUGCCCCUCCUUGUCCACCCUGUGGAGAGGCAGUGACCGUGGUCGAGCCUGUCUGCAGGCCCAACAUUCCGAAGAACGUUUGUUAG